CACUUAGCCAACCACUGGGGAAACUAGAAAAUUCUGCUGAAAUGCGAAAUUACAUACCGUAGACUAUACAACGCAUCUCAGAAACUAAUUAGCUUCAUUUGAGAAGGGUUGUUCUAACAGGGGUACACUUUGCUACAGAAGACACAGGUUUUGAAUAGGAUGACAGCAAUUAAGAUGUUCGCACCACUGUGCAAAUUUCUUCUUCUUGGAGAGAUGGUUCAUGCGCUAGCUGGGACUGAGCCCUCUGCCAUACAACAGGAGAGUGGUCUCAUGUCAGCCAAUGUUGGAGACACAAUGGUUCUGCAAUGCCUCUAUAAAGGCGACAUGGCCAUGCAUUUCUCCUGGUACAAGCAGCCCUUCAGAGAAAAACCUCAUCUCAUCUCAACCAUCUAUAAGUAUGACAAAUAUGCUACAUUUUACCAUGAGUUUAAGGAUAACCCUCGGUUCUCAGUGCAAAGCAGCAACGGCGUAAAUCACCUCAGCAUCUCAGACAUGAAAGGCUCGGAUUCAGCCACGUACUACUGUGGGAGCGCACACUCAAAUGUGGUGGAAUUUGGAACAGGGACCAUUCUCAAUGUAAAAGGUUCAGAGUCCAACAGCAUGUCUGUGCUCCAGCAGGCUGUGUCUGAGUCAGUCCAACUAGGAGACUCUGUGACUCUGAACUGUACAAUACACACUGAGACCUGUGCAGGAGGACACAGUGUCUAUUGGUUCAGACAUGGCUCAGGAGAAUCCCGUCCAGGAAUCAUUUACACCCAUGGAGACAGGAGUGAUCAGUGUGAGAAGAUCUCUGAGGCUGGGUCUCCUACACAGAGAUGUGUCUACAACCUCCCCAAGAGGAACCUCAGCCUCUCUGAUGCUGGGACUUACCACUGUGCUGUGGCCUCAUGUGGGGAGAUACUGUUUGGAGACGGGACCAAGCUGGACAUUCAUGGUGGUGACAUUCAGGUUGCAACUGAAGUGGAUAUGAGGAUCCUUGUCCUCCUCUCCAUCAUAAGAACUGGAGUUCUCCUUUGCUGUCUGACCAUCAUCUUCGUCAUCUACCUCAUCAGGAAAUAGAUCUAUUCUAUGAUUCAGUUUCAACAUUUUAAAUUGUGUUUUUUACAUUGGAUAAAAGUAGAGCCUCAGAGCAACAAAAUUGUAUAUCAUACACUGCAUUUGAGGAACAAUGGGAAAGUAAUUCUGCUUUGAAAGUUGAUAAACUUGUAACCUCACUUUUGAGAAAAUGGCCCCUGAAUGUUUUGGAACCUACUGGAGAACUUUCCUUUGUCUACAUUCAGCAGUGUUCACACCCUCUUAAGCCAGCCACACCCAUCUCUUUAACGAUUCACAUAUGAGGUCCUGUGCUAAACUGUGAGUAGUGGAGUAAAGAUUUAUACUAAAAGUGGUAAAAGUAGUAGCCUACAAUAAGGAAAAAUCCCAGGUAAACAGAAAGUGUCCAGAUAUAUAUUUUUUUUACAAAUAUUAGAUGAUGCUUACCCAGACACAUUUGUCUAAAUUGAUGGGUCAUUUGAAUUACAUGCUUUAAC